AUUCCUUGAGAGAGAGAGAUAAACCUAGAAGAAGAAGAAGAUACAAAUGAAGCAGCUUAACACGUCAUCAUCAUCAUCGUCAUCCGAGGCGGUAUCAUCAUCUUCCUCGUUGUCAUCAUCGGACCAAUCUCAUGCCUCGGCAAGAAUGACUCCAUCUACAUCUGUAUCCCCGGCGGCGCUACAUUCAGAUAAAUCAGCUCUCACUCCAGCGACAGAAGAUCUCGCAGCUUCAAGAGACCCUACAGGAGGAGGUCAGGAAUCAGUUCUCGUCGAACGAAGAGGAGACUUCGCCGCUAUAUGCAAAUGGAAUAUACAAAAUUUACCAAAACUUAAAGCCAGAGCCCUUUGGAGCAAGUAUUUUGAAGUCGGAGGUUACGAUUGUCGUCUUUUGGUUUAUCCUAAAGGCGACUCUCAAGCUUUACCAGGUUACAUCUCAAUCUAUCUCCAAAUCAUGGACCCUCGCGGUACGUCAUCCUCGAAAUGGGAUUGCUUUGCCAGUUACCGUCUCACCGUUGUCAAUCCUAUUGACGAAUCCAAGUCUAUUCAUCGAGAUUCAUGGCAUCGUUUCUCGAGUAAGAAGAAAUCGCACGGUUGGUGUGAUUUUACACCCUCAGUUUCCAUUCUCGACCCUAAAUCUGGAUUUUUGUUUAAUAACGAUUCGGUACUCAUAACUGCUGAUAUUCUUGUAUUGAAUGAAUCCGUAACCUUUUCACGUGAUAACAAUGAAUUGCAAUCGAGUUCUUUGUCACCGUCAAUUGUAACAGGACCAACUGUUGGUGAUGUUUUGAGUGGCAAAUUUACUUGGAAGGUUCAUAACUUUAAUCUCUUUAAAGAGAUGAUUAAAACUCAGAAGAUAAUGAGCCCGGUUUUCCCUGCCGGAGAGUGUAACCUUAGAAUUAGUGUUUACCAGAGCUCUGUUAACGGCGUGGACUAUCUAUCAAUGUGUUUGGAAAGUAAAGAUACCGAGAAAACUUUGGGAUCUGAUCGGAGCUGUUGGUGUUUGUUCCGAAUGUCAGUUUUGAAUCAAAAACCUGGGAUGAAUCAUAUGCAUAGAGACUCUUAUGGGCGUUUUGCUGCUGAUAACAAAAAUGGGGACAACACGAGCUUAGGAUGGAAUGAUUACAUGAAGAUGUCGGAUUUUAUUGGGUCAGAUUCAGGGUUCUUGGUGGAUGAUAUGGCGGUUUUCAGCACGUCUUUUCAUGUGAUUAAGGAGCUCAGCAGCUUCUCAAAGAAUGGAGGAUUAAUUGCAGCUAGGACAGGAAAUGGGGCAAGGAAAUCAGAUGGUCAUAUGGGAAAGUUCACUUGGAGGAUUGAAAAUUUCACCAGGUUAAAGGACCUGCUAAAAAAGAGAAAGAUAACUGGCCUUUGUAUCAAGAGCAGAAGGUUUCAAAUUGGCAAUAGGGAUUGCCGGCUUAUUGUUUAUCCCCGUGGACAGUCUCAACCACCUUGUCACCUUUCAGUAUUUCUGGAGGUUACUGAUACAAGAAACACAUCAACUGAUUGGAGUUGUUUUGUUAGUCACCGUUUAUCAGUUGUUAACCAGAGGAUGGAGGAGAAGUCUGUCUCAAAAGAAUCACAAAACCGUUACUCCAAAGCUGCAAAGGACUGGGGCUGGCGUGAAUUUGUGACACUGACUAGUCUCUUUGACCAAGAUUCUGGAUUUCUCGUUCAGGACACUGUUGUAUUCUCUGCUGAAGUACUAAUACUCAAAGAGACGUCCAUAAUGCAAGAUUUUGGCAAUCAAGACUUAGAGAUGAGUUCUAGUUCUAUCUGUCCGACAGAUACAGUUGAUGUUAGAAGCUCAUUCACAUGGAAGGUGGAAAACUUCAUCUCUUUCAAAGAUAUAAUGGAGACCCGGAAAAUCUUUAGCAAAUUUUUCCAAGUUGGUGGAUGCGAGCUUCGAAUUGGUGUGUUUUUUUUGUUCUUAGUUAAACAGUCUCACUAUCUCGUGUUUUUGGCUUGUAAUCCUUUUUUCUUUCUUUUUCCAUUCUUUGUAUUUGCCUAUGAUGCAGGUGUUUAUGAGUCGUUUGACACAAUUUGUAUAUAUCUGGAGAGUGAUCAAUCAAGUGGAACUGAUCCCGAUAAGAACUUCUGGGUCAAAUACAGGAUGGCUAUAAUCAAUCAAAAGAACUCGGCCAAGACUGUGUUGAAAGUGUCUUCAAUAUGUACAAAGACGUGGAAUAACUCAGUUCUACAAUUCAUGAAGGUUUCAGACAUGCUGGAGGCUGAUGCUGGUUUCCUUGUCCGUGACACGGUCGUGUUCGUUUGUGAGAUCUUGGACUGCUGUCCCUGGUUUGAGUUUUCGGAUCUGGAGGUUUUUGCUUCUGAAGAUGAUCAGGAUGCUCUGACAACUGAUCCUGAUGAACUUAUCGACUCUGAUGAUAGUGAAGAGAUUAGUGGAGAUGAAGAAGAUAUUUUCGGGACGCUUCUCACUAGGGCAGGGUUUCACCUCACGUAUGGAGAUAAUUCUUCAGAUCCACAUGUUACUUUAAGAGAGAAGCUUCUUAUGGAUGCUGGUGCAAUUGCUGGCUUUCUAACGGGACUGCGUGUUUAUCUGGAUGAUCCUGCUAAAGUAAAGCGUUUACUUCUUCCACCCAAGGUAUCUGCUGGUAAUGAUGGGAAAUCAAACAAAAACGACGAAUCAUCUCCGAGUCUUCUAAAUUUGCUGAUGGGAGUCAAAGUUCUGCAGCAAGCAAUUAUUGAUCUGUUGUUGGAUAUAAUGGUGGAAUGCUGUCAGCCUUCUGAAGGAAGUUGUAACGAUGAUUACUUGGAUGUGAACUCAAAAAAUUCUCAAGAUGGAAGUAUCGAAUCUGCAAAACAUCCUGUAAAUGACAGAUUGGAUGCAGCAGCUGCUGAAAGAACCGACACUUCUGCUGUACAAAGUUCGGAUAUGAGUGGUUUUGUUACGCCUACUUCCCCUCCUGAGACAUCCGCAACUGAUUCUUUGGAAAAUGCUUCUCUUCUCUCUAAGACCAAAUGGCCAGAGCAAUCCGAGGAGCUUUUAGGUUUGAUUGUGAACUCAUUGAGAGCACUAGAUGGAGUUAUACCUCAAGGUUGUCCUGAACCAAGACGAAGGCCUCAAUCUGCCAAAAAAAUUGCUCUUGUUUUGGAUAAGGCUCCUAAGCAUCUGCAGCCUGACCUCGUUGCUUUGGUGCCCAAAUUGGUUGAGCAGUCCGAGCAUCCACUUGCUGCUUGUGCACUUAUGGAGAGGCUCGAGAAGCCUGACGCAGAACCGGCACUGAGAAUUCCUGUAUUUGGUGCUCUAAGCCAAUUAGAGUGUAGUACUGAUGUCUGGGAGCGUAUACUCUUCCAGUCCUUUGGGCUCUUGGAAGACUCAAAUGAUGAACCUCUCACAGCAACAGUUGACUUUAUAUUCAAGGCUGCAUUACAGAGCCAACAUCUUUCAGAAGCGGUAAGGUCUGUUCGUAAUAGGCUGAAAGACCUGAGAGAGGAGGUUUCCCCCUGCAUCCUUGAUUAUAUGGGUAGAAUGGUAAAUAGCUGUCCAGACGUUGCUGAAGCUAUUUUAAGAGAUAUAGAUUGCGACAGUGAUUCAGGCGAAAGGCCAACAACAUCUUCUGGACUAUUUGUCUUUGGCGAAAAUUCCACUAGUUCUGAAAACCGUCGUUUUUCAGACAUCUAUGUCUUGAUUGAGAUGCUAUCAAUUCCUUGCCUUGCUAUCGAAGCUUCCCAGAUUUUUGAGAGAUCAGUGGCUCGAGGGGCACUUACGCCUCAGUCUGUUGCCAUGGUCUUGGAAAGAAGGCUUGCACAAUAUGUCGCGGAUUGUUUGGAUUCAGAUGUGGUAAUUGAUGGAGAUACAAUUGAGCAGCUGAGAGUCGAGCGGGAUGAUUUUUCAUCUAUACUUGGUCUUGCUGAGACUCUGUCCCUUUCAAGAGAUACCUCUGUUAGAGAAUUUGUAAAGACUUUGUAUACUAUACUGUUCAAAUGGUAUACUAAUGAGUCUUAUAGAUUGAGGAUGAUUAAGAGGCUUGUCGAUCGUGCUGUAAGCACAAUGGAUAACUGCCGUGAGUUUGACCUGGAUUUGGAAAUUUUGGUUAUAUUGAUGUGUGAAGAAGAAGAAAUAGUACGGCCAGUUCUAAGCAUGAUGCGUGAGGUAACCGAACUUGCAAAUGUUGAUCGAGCAGCUCUUUGGCAUCAGCUAUGUGGUAGUGAAGAUGAAAUUGUUCGUAUCCGUGAGGAGAGGAAAGUCGAAAUUUCCGACAUGGCUAAAGAGAAGGCUUCAUUAAUGCAAAAACUAAGUGAUUCCGAGGCUGUUAACAGCCGUCUUAAGUCUGAGCUCAAGGCCGAGACAGAUCGUUCUGCUCGAGAGCGGAAGGAGUUCUCAGAACAGAUACAAGAAGCAGAAAAUCAACUUGAAUGGCUUCGUUCCGAGAAAGAGGAUGAAGUUGCUAAGCUUGUGUCUGAGAAGAAAGCCCUUCAAGACCGUCUCCACGACACAGAAACACAGCUUGCGCAGCUCAAGUCUCGAAAACGCGAUGAACUGAAGAAAGUUAUGAAGGAAAAAAACACUCUAGCCGAGAGGUUAAAAAGUGCUGAAUCUGCCCGCAAAAGAUUUGAUGAUGAGCUAAAACGCUAUGCCACGGAAAAUGUUUCACGUGAAGAGAUCCGUCAGUCACUUGAGGAUGAAGUUCGAAGGUUGACGCAGACAGUAGGGCAAAGUGAAGGGGAAAAACGUGAGAAAGAAGAACAAAUCGCUAGAUGUGAAGCAUACAUUGAUGGCAUGGAGUCCAAAUUACAGGCUUGUCAGCAAUACAUUCACAGCCUCGAUGUCUCACUCCGAGAAGAGAUGUCGAGGAAUGCACCAUUAUAUGGAGCAGGUUUAGAAGCUUUAUCGAUGAAGGAAUUAGAAACAGUAGCACAUAUCCACGAAGAAGGUCUAAAACAGAUCCAUACUCUCCAACAUCGAAAUGGAUUGUUGUUUCCAUCAAAUGCCCCUCAAAUGGGUGUCGGUUUGUCUCCUUCUUCGAAUGGGCAUACUAAUGGUAACAUAGGAUCUUGGUUUAGCCAUUCUACUACACCCAUGUAAGGUGAUUGAUUCUCUCUUUUCCAUUAUUUUUUUUUUUUUUUUGUCUUUCCCAUUUCCUCUAGAUGGCUUUGAGCAAUCUAUAUUUGUGUUGGGUUAGGCUUAUUUUGGCGGAUGAUAGAAUUGUUGAAAUAUGCAAUGGAGUAAAGAAAUAAGAUAGAGAUUUCAAAGCUAUGGCAUAUAGGAUUUUUUUGUUUUGUUUUUUGUUUUGUAUUUCUUAGGUUUCUUAUUAGUUCAACAGUAAAACAUCUGGUAUUUGAAAAAAUGCCUUAUUGUCACCAUUCCUUUUUUCUUUCAAUGAAAAAGGUUCUAUUUUUAUGGAA